UUACCUUUCAGGAUAGUCUGCCCGUUGCUCACCAAGAUUGGAAGGCUCUCCCCAAGCCUCUUGUCUACCAGUCUGCUUGUUACUAUUCUUGUUUCUUUGUCCGUUCACAUUUCGAGUCCGCCCUUUGGCGCAACAAAGAGAUACCAGAAAAGUGGCAAAUGACAAAGAGCCAUGAUCUCUGCAACAAGGCUGUUGUUCGCCGGACAAUGGAUCUUCAUAUAUGGAAUUGGUUUUCGCCGGCUUCCACUAGCUGUUUGAUUCAGACAUCUUCAUUUCUUCCACCUGUUAUCUUUACGCGUCACAUCUUAGAGUCCAUUGAUCACGCCUAGCAGGUCCGAUCGAAACUCUCACUUCGUUCCACCUUAGACACUGCAGUUUCGUAAGAUCAUUCAAUUCGCGAUGGGCAAGUUCAAAGGAAAGUGGAAUAACAAUAACCAAGGUGGGAACCAGCAUGGCGGCGGCGGCCGCGGGAAUGGCGGGAACGGCGGGAAGUGGUGUAAGCACUGCAAGAGAGAUAACCACAACACGAACGAGUGCAAGAAGGCACCUCAGCACGGAGGCCCGCAAAACCAGAAUAACAGGAUAGAUAAACACAAGAACAAGAACAAGAACGGCAACAAUCAAAAUAACAACGGUAAUAACAACAACCACCAGCACCAGCAAAAGAGGCGCGAUCCAUGUACGCGCUGCGGAUUCCCGGGCCACGAGUACAAAAAUUGCCACGCCAAAGAGGUCCCAGAGGAGGAGCGCUGCGAAUGCCAGUGCGACUUCCACCGCUCCCACCAAUGCCCUUGGAACAAUGACUACCUCGAGCGCGAAUCGGCGGUCCAGCAAGCAACCGGCAAGAUCUGCCAAUGGUGCAAGGACGCCGGCGACGGAACGCACGUCUACGAGGAGUGCAAGGAGCCUAAGAAGUUCCGGAACCAGCUUCUCUCCACCAUUAUGCGCGCGUACGACGACAUCAAGUGGUGCUGGCACUGCUCGUCAGUCAACCAUGCCACGCGCGGCUGCUCAGCUACCUCGGCUGAUGAAGGGAAGAUCAAGUGGAAUGCUAAGAUCAGCGAUCUUAUUUCGGAAUGGCGCUCAUAUGACACUUCGUCGUACGAGGCGAGAUAUCGCGAUGACGAUGAGGAUAUCGCGAUGACGACUGCGCGUAACCAGCAGAAGCCGCCUGUGGCUGCGGAUUUCAAAUGGUGCAUUCUUUGCGAGGAGUUCGGUCACUACGCCGAUGCUAAUGCGACCGACUGCAGACGCGGCGAGUACGAGAAGAGGUGUCCACCGCAGUUCAAGAGCCAAGUCGUUGUCGCGAGGCAGCCCUUCGUCCCCGCUGGCUUCAACGCCGCUGCGAACGGAAGAGCUGCAUCGAACAACGCGGCAGGUGCCUUCGGCGCUACUACCACCUUCUACCACAAAUGCGUCUUCGACGACUGCCGCGCAAAACUAGGCCCGUGGUACAUCCCUUGCCCGCCCAAGGGCCAAUCCAUCAUCUGCCGCAACUGCCACCGCGCCAACGCGCAUCCCUCGGGCCCCGCCCGGCGCGACUCCAAAGUCGAGCUGCUCGACAUGGUCCUCAAAUUCAUCUCGAGCAAUGGCAACGGAGGCAGUGCCAGCGCGCUCACCAAGAAAAGCCGCAAGCAGAAGAUCCUCGACGCGAUCAAAAACCCCUACCUCAAGCGGCCCUCGAUCCUCCUCUCCAAGCGCCUCGCCCUCUACGAAUGGCCCCAGUCCCAACCCCAAUACACAGACAUGGCGGCCUCGAAGGACAAGUCGCCCAUCUUCCACCCCAUGCACGAGUUCAACAUGCCGGGGAAUCAUCAGGCGUACUUCCCGGCUGUUAAGUUCCACAUCAGCGAGGCGAUGAUGGAGCAUGCGAAGAAUGACGAGUAUAAUAUUAAUAAGGCGGGGCGGAUGGGGCUGGUGCUGAAGUGCUUAAAGUGCGAUAUGCCGGCCAAGGUGCUGGAUGAUGAGGGGGAUUUGGUGAUGUGUGGGACGGAUCCGAUGUGUACGGUGGGGAUGGGGACGGGGUAUGCUUAUUGGGCGGAUGAGAAGGGGGUGCCGAGGGGGAGUUGUAGGUGUUUGAAGAUUCUUGGGCAGAGUAGUGAGCCGGGGUGGGUGGCGCCGAAGGUGGGGAGGUAAGUCAUAUCGUUCUUUGCGAUCGUUUCCCCGUUUCUCUUGUUCUUAGCGUAUGCACUGCAUAUACCUACC